UCGAAAGCAAACGGGCACCGUUAGGCCAACACACUCUGUUUUUCCGCGUGCCUGUCGUGUAUCAUCGUUGCUCUUUCGUGUGCUUCCGAAGUCAAUAAUGGCCGAAACCGAAACCCCGGAUCGUCCAGCGGGGAUUCGCGGAAGCAGGAAGAGGAAGGCCACAGUCCCUCCCGACCGCGAAAGAGAAGAACGUUCAGUUGCCGACGACCGCGGCGGCGGGGGCGACGGCGACGACGAUGAGGAGAAGAAGAUGGAGGAGUUCUUUGCCCUACUCAGGAACUUUCGCGAGGCUCGCGAUCGCUUGGCCCGCUCGAGGCCGUACUCAGCUGCGGGCGAAACCGGCCUCUCGGAUGCUGAUCAUCACGAGGGGAGGAGGCGGAAGAAGGGCUCCGUUUCGGCUUGGGAUCCGAGUUUCCAACGGGAAGACUUCAUGGAAGAAGCCGCGCCUGUGGAGAAGGCCAGGGAAACCCUAGCUUUUGGCUCAUCAGGAUCAGCUGGACCUGCGGAGGGCGCUGAAAAUAACGGAGAAGAAGGAGAAUUAAAUCUUAGGCUUUCCCUUUAAUUGAAUUGAUAAUUAAUAUGCGUUCCUCGCCUCUUUUUUUUUUUCUUUUUCCAACCUUUCUUGUUAAUAAUUAUAAUUUCUUAUGCUCUGAAAUUGUCAUGUAUGUUCUCUAAAAGUUAUGUAAAUUCCCAAGUUUGGUCUAUUAAGUAAUUUUCCAGUUGUUAUGUAAAUGUCCA